AUGGCCGACGACCGGCCGGAGCCCUGCCCCGUCGCCGCGGACCCGUCUCCCCCUCCGCCCCCCACGCCGGAGGAGCUGGUGGCCCGCGGCGUCGCCCCCGUCAGGCCCGCCUUCCUCCGCCCGGCCCCCGUCCGCGACGCCCCCAGCGAGGACGGCGGCAGGGCCAGCGGCGCCGUCCCCCUCGAGAAGAAGUCCAAGCGCCAGUUCAGGCGCGACCGCAAGCAGGAACAGGAGUCGGUAUUGCGUCUUUGUGUGGCAGUUGCCAAAAGUGGAAAUGUGGACGCUUGCAAAUUUGGUGCUUCUUGCCGUUUCACCCAUGACAUAGAUGCUUAUUUGGCUCAGAAACCAGCUGACCUUGAAGGAACAUGUCCAUUCACUGUUCUGGGGCAGCCAUGUCCGUAUGGACUAACUUGCAGAUUUUCUGGUACACACAAAGAUAACCAUGCACCUUCUGAAAGUCAUGAGAUAAACACUUUGAGUAAAGAUGUUCAAAAGCUCUUAUGGAAAACCAAAUAUAAAUUUCCCAGGGCCAGUGAGCAGAUCAAACAUCUUGGUCUUAAGGAAGUCAUCAAGAUUAAAGCAAGUGCAUUAGCUGAAGAUCGGAGCGCUGAUCAUGAUAAUCCAGAUGUAUCGUGUGAACUGAAUGAAAUGGAUAAAUUGGGGGGAGAACCUUUGGAUGGUGACUCUGUUGCAAGGGCAGCAAAGAAGUCAAAGAUUGAAGUUGUUGAAAUUAACAAAGAAGGAGCUGGUACUCAUGACACUAAGCUGGAGCCUGAAGAUCCUAAUUUAGUUAAUGGAUUGGAAGUGCCCUCAAAUAUCCCAAGCUCUUGCAGAGUUGACCUAGUCGCAACACCUCAUUUACGCGAAAGGAAGAUAAUAGAUUUUCGGGAGAAGCUGUACCUUGCUCCCUUGACCACUGUGGGAAAUCUUCCUUUCCGGAGGCUGUGCAAAACAUUGGGAGCUGACAUUACUUGUGGAGAAAUGGCUAUGUGCACAAAUCUUAUGCAGGGGCAAGCUUCAGAGUGGGCUUUGCUGCGAAGACAUUCAUCAGAGGAUUUGUUUGGGGUGCAAAUCUGUGGAGCUUUUCCAGAUACAGUGGCACGGACAAUUGAACUUGUGGAUAACGAGUGUUCGUUUGACUUCGUUGACAUAAAUAUGGGCUGCCCAAUCGAUUUAGUUGUCAAUAAGGGUGCUGGGUCCUCGUUGCUUAACAAACCUAUGAGGAUUAAGAGUAUUGUUCAAGCAUCAUCUGCCGUUACUAAAAGACCUCUAACUGUUAAGGUAAGAACAGCUUUCUUUGAAGGCAGGAACCGUGCUGAUUCUUUAGUUUCAGACAUUUAUGACUGGGGUGCUUCAGCCAUAACAAUACAUGGUCGAUCGCGGCAACAACGCUACAGCAAAAAUGCCGAUUGGGACUAUAUUAACCAGUGUGCACAGAAGGCCCCUGAUGACUUGCAUGUCAUUGGAAAUGGUGAUAUAUUCUCCUUUACCGACUGGAACAGGCAUGUUUCUGGCAGCUCCAAAAUUUCCACUUGCAUGAUUGCUCGAGGUGCGCUUGUCAAGCCUUGGAUAUUUACUGAGAUAAAAGAACAAAGGGACUGGGAUAUCACAUCUGGCGAGAGAUUGAAUAUUCUGAAAGAUUUUACUCGUUUCGGUCUCGAACACUGGGGCUCUGACACCAAAGGUGUGGAGACAACACGCCAUUUCCUGCUAGAAUGGCUGAGCUACACGUGCCGGUACAUCCCGGUCGGGCUGCUGGACGUCGUCCCGCAGCAGCUGAAUUGGAGGCCUCCAAGCUACUGCGGCCGCGACGACCUCGAGACCCUGAUGGCCUCCGACUCAGCAGCCGACUGGGUGAGGAUCUCGGAGCUGCUGCUCGGCAAAGUCCCGGAAGGGUUCACCUUCGCGCCCAAGCACAAGUCUAACUCGUACGACCGCGCUGAGAACGGCUAA